CUCUAUGGUGCAUCACUUGUGCAACUAAAUGAAUAUAAGCGACGCGACGUUUCACUCUUAUAAGAAUAAGAAAUCAGACGACAAUGAAGCUGCUCCAUGUGCUGUGGCUGCUGGGCAUCCUGGUCCUGGUCUCGGGCCAGCAGAAGCCGACAGCUAACUCCGCCACCAAGGACGCCCCAGUGGUGGCCAAUGCGACGAACGUGCUGCAGGCCAAAGUUAUUGCAGGAUCGAAAUUGGAAUCUGGAUCUCCGGGAGCUGCCAGCCAGCUGGUGCCGGGUAAGGGUGCAGCUGUGUUUCAACACGACAAGAACUUGAAUAAAACGGCCACAGCAGAAAAUGCAGGCAAAGCCAAAAAUCUAACAAACACCGAUACAAGAGUGCCCACCAUGCCUUUGGUCACUUCCAAGCCGGCUGUGGAGCAAAAGGCGGCCAAGGAGGCGACCAGUACGACCUCCACUACAACUUCUUCCACCACGACCACCACCACGGCGAAGCCAGCUGCAGGAUCAGCCAUAGUCACCGAGGGCCAGUCCAUGAAGGAUGUCACCAAGCCGAACAACUCGUCCACCAACGGUGGGGCAAUAUCCCCGACCAACAGCACCCACACCGCCACAGCCACCACCAAAGCUGUCAAUUCAACCAUCAUCGCAACCACGCCAAAGCCGAUGAAGCCCCCGCUAGUCUUCAGCACCGAUAUACACCAGGAGGGGGAGGAUAUGGUGGAGCUGGAGAAGGGUCAGGAUAAGCCAGGUACAAAGGGCGCUCCCACCCAGCCAUUGGCCACGCCCCCAGAGCCAUUGGUGCAGGGUCUUACUGGAAGUAAUCUUGCCGAUCACGGGGAGAACGGGUAUGUGGUACCCAUUGUUACCGUGCUGCUGACCGUUCCUCUGGCCAUCGGCGUGGUGACCAUCAUGUACCGCCGCUUCCGCGACAUGUGGAGCACCAGGCACUACCGUCGCAUGGACUUCCUGGUGGACGGCAUGUACAACGACUGACGAAGGCGCGGACGACAGGCUGGCGGCAAGGGCGGCCACUUCUCCGGGUGCUCCAACGCCUCCUCCGGCGCACUCGGAUGAUUAUUAGUUGUUUAAGUUAUACACGACUGGACGUGCUUGCAUUCAAUGCAAGGUCUCCGGAUCGAAAGCAGAGUGAGAGAAGCGGAGAGCAGAGGAGGCGGCAGGAGGACGAAACAAAACUAUGAUAUUGCUCAGUCAAUUAGAAGAGGAGGAGAAAGGGAUUCGCUUUGCAGCGUGGCUAGGAUACCCUUCCGAGCGGCCAAAUUGAAUUUAAAACCAACUGAUUUUCAACACUAAAUUCGAGUGGACUCUUAAGUUUAAGCAUUUGGAUUAUUGUCAAGCAUUUGUUAGCAAUCAAAUUGAUACCGACACUUUUAUGUACCCAUAUAUACAUAUAUCUACUUAGGCUGCUGUACAUCGAAGGCUGCGACCAAUCGCAUCGAACUCUCCACCAUCAACAUCAGCAUCAGCAUCAGUGCAAUUAGCAACCACUCAUUGCAUCCACAAUCUAGCCGUAAUGUGCCUUACGAACCAGCUCUAUAUACACCUUUACACAUGAUAUUCUCCAUCGCCGAGGCUUCGAGGUGAUUUAUUCGCAUUUACUUUACGCAACCAAGCAGCAGCACUCACUCAAAAAAAUCAGCAGAAACCAAAAACACAAUCAAUCGGCCUGAAACAAGCAAGAUUAUUGCACACCAUGUGUAUAUACAUAAAUAUGAAUAUAUAUAUAUAUACAUAUUUCUUAUUGUUAUCAAUAUAACAACUACAAUAAAGCAACACGGCUAAAAAAUGAUAUACUUGGAAA